AUCAUAGUACGUGUUAGCGCCUGCGCCCUGCAUCCCGGUCCAAGCUAUUUGAUAGCAAGUGUAAUAGGAAGCUUUGUAAAGUGCAUCCAUUUGUACGGAGAAAAGAGCGUUUAUUUAAUAACAAAAAUGACCUGCGGCACAGAAUGCCUAUCCCUGGGCCCACCGCCCGACUCCAUCCUGCACAUGCCGCCGCCGCCGCUGCCGGCCUUCCUGGCCAGUGCUGCCAACCUGACGCCGCCGUGCCGCGCCGCGCGCUGCCCGCCGAGUCCCAACACGGAGGAAAACGCACUGUUCCCGGGUGUCGAGUAUCAUGAGCUGCCGAGGCAUGAACCAGCAAGUAAUGACGACACUUGGUUCCUCGUGUUAAUCACCUGCUGUGUUGCUGUGCUGUGCAUCGCUGCUUUACUUGCGCUGUUCUUACUAAAAUGCCGACAGUUUCUUGCUAUCAGGGCGCAAGGAGGCUGCAAGAGCGGCACCGGCAAGUCCAGUGGUUCAAACGCGUUAUACGGCGGCGCAGCCUUAGACUCGAGAGUGCUAUGGGCGGCGCUGACUCCGCGGGGCACCCGCCAUUUUGUAGCAGACACCUACCCGCACGACGAGACUGAGGACCAUCACUACGAGUGCGUCGAGCCUCCGCUCUACAAGCUGGGGCCGCCAGAAGACUUGACCAUCGCCAGGCACUUCACUGUGGAGUACGAAGACCCGGCUCCGCUGAUAGAGAGCUACAGUGACAGGACGGAGGAAUACUUCAGGAAUGGGAUGGAGACGCUCCGCCGCGGCGCCAGGCCGUUGGUUUCAUCCCCGACCAGGAUCGAACGUCCCAAUCUGCCUCCCCUGAACCUGCAGCCGCGUACCCUGCGGCGCGCCCCGCACUCCCGCCGCGUCAGCGACGCCACCAACCCCGAGAAGGCGGCCAUCUGAACCGAGGGCGGCGCGGUCUUCUCCGUCGCCGAUACCGCUGACAUGGACUUCGACUGGCAGUCCAUAGACAAUCCGAACAGAGACCGACUGGUUUGAAGCGAUCCUUCUUCCAAGGGUUUAAAGGCUAACUUUU